UCGAAAUAAAAACAAGCGUUGCAAAUGCUUCAGACGACAAAUUCACUUCAGGACACAAAAUGGAGUCUGAUGUGGACACAUCUAAUCAGCCGGACAAUCUGUGUGAUCCCAAAAACAUGGACAGAGUUCAUAAAGUGAAGAGAAAGAGAAAACACAGUGGGACAACAACCUUGUCUGCAGAGGAAAUUACAAGAAAUCUACAAAGAUAUGGGGAAACAGUACUUCAUUGUGCAGUCCAUAUUUCCAAGAAUAUUCGAGACUCGGAGAAUGGCUCAGUCCUCAAGUGCAUCUGUGCCCUACUUAACUCUGGCGGGGGAAUCCUACAUAUGCAGAAUCUGGACUAUGAUACAAGAGUGCAACCAAAAGACAUGGACACAUGGUGGAGUGCUAUGGAAAACAAAAUGGCAGACAUCAUCUCUGGGGAUGACAUUUGUAACUAUUUUGACAUGAUUGGUAAUUAUGAUGAUAAGGAUUUGUAUCUGUUUGUGAAAACUGCAGAGCAUCUCUGUACCCUGGACUACUACUGUAGGCUUCCAACAGACACAGCUACACAUGAGGUAUCUUACCACUCAGCCAUGAAGCUUCUGACCGCUACUGGUGAACCCAGUGACCUUUGUGAUCUCCCACAUAUUCCAACAGAGUAUCAUUAUGGACAGACACAUGAAAGCUUGAAACAAGAGACAAAACAGAUCCAGUUUAAACAACUGUCAGCUCCCAGCAGUAGAGACGGGAAAUCUCUUCCUUCCAAAAUAAAAUAUACAGUAACCAGGUACCUUUCUGCGUUUGCCAACCACGAAGGUGGCCAUAUCUACUUUGGAAUAGAAGAUGUCAAGGCAGCAGUCCUUGGUGAAGAGCUCUCAGAGGAGGAACAGCAAAGGACAGUUGACCUGAUGGUCGCAAAGAUGCAACCAGUUAUUUGGGGCAACACUGAAUUUCAACCAAUCAGAGGCAAGCACUGGAAUAUUCAGUUCUUCCCUGUUAACGAUUCUCCAAGAGUAAUGGGUCGGCGGAUGGUUAUAGUGGUGUCUGUCUGUAAGUUUCCUGGUGGAGUGUUCACAUCCGUACCAGAGAGCUACUAUAUCAAUGACUAUGGAGGCGUUGAGAAAUGGUCCUUCCAGCUGUGGAAACAGGCACUUCGGUCAUCUCACAGAGACAAACCUGAGCUACACAACAGAUUUGUAAAGCUUGCCCUGAAUGUACCACAGGCCCCACUGGUGUUUACACUACAGCGUACUGUGGAGGCUAUCACAGACAAACUGCUCCAAAGGAGUAAAACGGAAUGGUUACAGCCCAGACAUGCCUUGGAUGUCAUAUCUGAUCCCCGUAAAAAGGAGUUUGUCCGGGACACAUUAGAACAAUACAGGGACAUGGACAGUAUCUGUAUUGUUGUGAACUGCUGGGGCCUUCAGGUCACACUACCUCCACCGAAAUGUGUUCUUUGUGAUGUUUUAAUCAUAAGCGAGACACGUGGGUGUCAACUUCUCACCUUCACAGAAGUGGUAAACUGCAGGACACGAGAGUACUCUUCUUCAGUUGCUGCAUUCCUGAAAAGUCGAAUGGUUCUACAUGGAGGCUGUACAGACAAAUUUGGAGUAACUUGUCAAGUCCUACAUAUUAUAGAAAAGUGUAAUCAUUCAGGCUCAGCCUGCUCAAGAAAUCUUGAAACUUCAGAUGAUGAAGAUCUAUAUCCUUCUCACUUCAACAUGAACGCUCAUAAGUAUGGAAACCUUAUCAGGUCCCUCAUAGUUUGUAUGGCAGCCUACAAACCAGUUGACUUUACUACACUGGCCGCCGGCAAUAGGGAGGAGGUAUUGGCCAACAUGUCCUACUUUUUCUUGUUGACCAGCGACCAGUUUGACCUGCUUUGGAGCCAGCAGUUCACCAAGGAGCUGUGGAUCCAUGGGCCACCAGGGUCAGGCAAAACUGUCGCUGCAGUUCAACUGAUUCAGGAACUCAGGAGGCGGGGUAGUGGACAGCACGAGAUCCUGUACCUAGCCGAAAAUGACAUGCUGUGUUCAUAUGUCAGGUCAUUCAACAUAUGUAAGGUCUGCACCAGACGCAAUUUUCUGAAGAAAAUCCAAAAGGUAGAAAACAAGCAUGAUACUUCAAAGAAAGCUUUUAGUUAUAUUAGCAAUGUUAUCAUUGACGAGGCACAGAACUUCAAAGCGAGAGACGGUGAUUGGUAUAAAUUGACUAACGAACUAACAAAGCAACACCGAGUUGGUGACUUGAAAGACAAAACAGUUCCUGCAGGAUACUUCUGGGUUUUCAUGGACUAUUCCCAAAAGGUUCACAAGUUUGAAGCUGGCCUUCCUUCUAUUGUGGGUAAAAACAACUUCAUGUUGAGUGAGGUAUCAAGAAACUCCAAAGAAAUAUUUGACUACGCUAUGAAUUUCAUGACUCCGAAAGAAAAACUGAUUGCAAAUGAUCAAGUUCAAGGUCUUAAAAUGGGGGAAAGCCUUCCAAAACUUGGUCAUGAUUAUUCUUCUGGACGAAAUGUUGACAUUGUUUCCUGCAGUUCUAGUGAAGUGAAUGACGCUGUUGUAAAGGUGCUGUCUUCUGUUCUCGGAACUGGGGUGGAUAUCAAGGAUAUUGCUAUUCUGGUAGGUAGGCGCCAAGACAAGGAAGUUAUGACUCCUUCUGUUAAGAAUCUUGUGGAAAGGUCAGGGGUCAAGGACUCUGUUACCAUAGAUACUGUAAAGGGAUUCAGUGGCAUGGAUCGAUCGGCCAUUAUAGGGGUGAACCCACGGGUCAAUGAAGAUCACGCAGACUUCAGUAAAUAUCUAUUGAGUUUAGCAACACGAGCUAGGGACAGUCUUGUUAUCAUAACCCCGUCGGAUAAAAAUCAAGAGAAACUUUCUUGUAACACCUCUGAAUAUCUAUAAAUUUAUUUAUGCAUGUUAUACUAGAUAAUCAGUUUUAUACAAUGUAUAUCGGUGUUACCUGAGAAACAUUUUUGUUUAAGUGUAGAGUCAUUUUUUUUGUGUGGGUUGUCUCUGUGUUUUUGUUACCUAAAUUUUACAACAGCUUGUUCCUUUAUUAAUUGGGAAAAUAUAGCAUUAUUUGUAUUGAAAUUGAGAAUAUAUUCCUCAGUUUUGGGUAGUUUUGGGAAAAUAAGGCACUUUUUAGCCAGGGGAAAUGGCCUAUAUUCGGCAAUAAAACUGAGCAAACAAAUCACUGUGUCUACAUGCAAAAAAUAUUUAAUAAAAUUUGAUGUAGAGAAUUUAAUGCUAUGAAGAUAACUAUCAGCGUAAUACCAUGUAUAUUUAUUUUACCUCCUGUAGUUAAUUCUUACACAUUGAUUUUUUAUAUCUUAUCAUUCUUUUUUAUGUACAUUUAACUAUUGACGUCACCUAAGCCUUUGAUUCAGUGACCUGUUGUCUUUGUGUGUAAUCGUUCAUAUUUUGUUCAUGUCAGAUGUGGCCGUAUCUCAGCCAGGUGACUAAUUCCCAUCAAUUUAGUUUGUUUGGUGUGUGUGUGUUACAUCCUAUUAACAGCUAGGGUCAUUUAAGGACAUGCCAGAUUUUUGUUGUUGGAAAAAAGCAGAGUUCCCAGAGAAAAACCACCGAACUGCAGCCAGCCCCUGUAGGCCUCAAACCGCAACCCAGCGAUGGAGGCAUUCAUAAAAUAGAUGGUAUAUAUACAAUGUAUUGUGUAAUAGUUAUAAGAAAUACUUAUUGUUUGGUGCCAUAGUUUUAAAUAUUAAUGUAUUUUAAAGAAGCAUUUGUUAUACCGCGGGUAUAUCAAAUUAUAUUGAGAAUAAAACAAA